AUGGGUGGCCCACGUGCCAUGUACUUCGAAGACGAAGAUGAAGAGACGGGCAAAGUUUUGAAAGGUACUCGACGAAGCGCAAGCGUUAAAGCACCUUCAAGGGAAAAGGUCAAGGAACGUCCUAAGAUUACCACUCGCGAUCGCACAUCAAGUAAAGCUUCAAGAACAAAUAGCGACUCGGGAUACUCGACAGGAGCAAUUCCUACAGGCUCCGAGAUAUCAUCACCCGAUGCGGUACAAGAUGUUGAAUACACAAAAGAAAGUAAAAAGUCGCGAAGACCAUCCACGAACCAAAGACGUCCUUCCACAGUCGAAUCACGUCCACCACAAACACUAAAAAACAAAGAGACCAAGGAGCACAAGGAGCACCGAAGAUCUCUCAGUGUCAAGACUGACGCAAAACCAGAGCACUACGGAGUUAAGACCCCAGUUACUUCUAAACACCCUCAACCUCCCGUCAUUACGCAACCCAAUACCACGUCUGUCCCUGUGAGACCUCGCGCAUUGACCCACGCUCAAACAUACCACGGUGGUCAACGACCUUCCAGUUACCACGCUGCCUCUGCUUCAGUGUCUGCUGCCUAUCCGCCAUUGUCCAGUUCUGCGUAUUUUCAACCUGCUCAUCAAUCGGCGCAAUUUCAAGCUCCACCUCCCUCACCAGCAUUCAGCAACAGCUAUGCUGUCGUCCCUCCUCCUCCUCCUCAAGCUACUAGCUACUUUCAAUCUCAGGAAGCUCAACCUUCAUCGCGCUCUCUUUCCGCUCGAUUUGAACCUCAACAAAGGGCCUCUCAAUAUGGCAUUCGACCUGAGCCAGUUCAAACACCUCGAAUGAUCACAGGAGGCUAUGAGCGAGAGUACAUUUACAGCGAAGAUGAUUACGAUGAUAGUUACGAAUCUUCUAUUGAAGAGCCGGUCGGGAGAACCAUCACCAGUAGCAUACGUGUACCAUCUGGGAUCCCUUCAAGGACAAAUAGCUCUGCUGUAUCGGAGAGUAACUUUAGCAAGGCAGACAGCUCGCGCAGUCGCGAAAGUAACUACAGCGAAGUGGAAAGCAGUUACAACAAGAGCAAGAGCAGCAGAGGCAGAAGAGACUCUCAGGCUAUGCCACCACCACCCAAACCUACUAUGCGACGACCAACAGUUGACGUGCCAGUGUACGACGACACGCUUUCCCAAUACAGCGUUGAAGAGUACCAUGAUGAACCUCCUCGUCAAGCACCUCGUCCUCGUCGACCAAGUCCUCAUCGAAACUCAGUUUCAUAUGAUGUGAGCGAACUACCCAGGGAAGCAGAAAGAUUCAGACUUGAGACUGCUAGCAAAAACAGACGUCGACAAAGCUACUAUGGACAAUCUACAUCUGCCUCAUCCACUCAAGCGUCUACUACGGGAUCAAGUGGCUAUAGCGCAAAACUUUCUGCGGCAGCCGAUUAUCUCGAGGAAGUCAGUGGUCCAACUAUCCCUCUCACUGCUGAGGCUUUGAAAAGGGAACAACGAAGACAGGCUGGGGGUAGUAGCAGAAGCACAAAGAGCAGUGGAAGUCAUGACCUUAGUGAUUAUCGGGGCACACAAACCACCCGUACAACCCGAAGUGGUGGUGAUGAUAAUGUUACAAUCGAGGUAACUGGCCAAGCUAAAGUCACAGUUGGUGGAGCUGAAAUUCAAUGCGAAGAAGGAGGAAAAAUUCAGAUUCACCGCACAGAAAAAAUAAUUCAUGACGGAAGCCAAGCAACUGCAUCGGAAUAUGGACAUGGACACGGACCUAAAUUACUUGAUGAUCGUGAGCGCCGAAGCCGACAUGAUCGGAGUGACAGUCAAUCAGCCCGAUCGCGUAUGAGAUCACAACAUUCCCACACCCGAGUCUCACCUCGACCUCAAGAGCGGGACAGAGCACCUCGCGAACGCCGUGAAGACUAUGAAGCUCGCACUGCCAAAGACUAUGGAUCUCGCACUGUCAGGGAUUAUGAGUCUCGCACUGCCAGGGACUAUGAAUCUCGCAAUGCCAACUGGGAGAAUUCAACUACUUCUACAUGGCUUUGA